UGAAGCCGCGCACGAGCAGAGUCCGGCAGCAUCACUGUCGCGCUCGAGGACAGUCUCCGCACACUGCCAACCUCAGAUUUAACUGUUUCUCCCGUGUUUCCCGUCCCGCUCCCCGCUCCCUGCUCCCUGCUCCAUUCUCUUUUUUUCUGUUCUCUGUGUUUAUUGUGGCCGCUGCUUCCCAAAGAUGGCUUGUCAGGGGCUCCAGAGAGGGGAAACUCUGGUAACUCUGAAGAAGGAGAGCGAGACUCUGAAGAAGAAGCUGGAGGAGGAGCGGAAUAAGCUCAGCGACACAGAGUUGCACCAGGUGGCUGAGAAGGUUGAAGUGUUGGGUGGUGUGUCCAUUAAGACCAAACGUGUGUUGAAGGGUCAUGGGAACAAAGUGCUGUGUAUGGACUGGUGUAAAGACAAGCGUCGUCUAGUCAGCUCUUCACAGGAUGGAAAAGUGAUUGUCUGGGAUGCAUUCACUCUGAAUAAGGAACAUGGGGUGACCUUGCCGUGCACAUGGGUUAUGGCGUGUGCUUAUGCCCCCUCUGGCUGUGCUGUGGCAUGUGGUGGACUGGAUAACAAGUGCUCAGUGUUCCCACUGUCACUGGACAAAAAUGAGAACUUGGCUGCAAAGAAAAAGUCUGUGGCCAUGCACACCAACUAUGUAUCAGGAUGCACCUUCAUCAACUCUGACAUGCAGAUCCUGACCUCCAGCGGGGAUGGAACAUGUGCCUUGUGGGAUGUGGAGAGUGGGCAGCUGCUGCAGAGUUUCCAUGGUCACACAGCUGAUGUCUUAUCCCUGGACCUCGCCCCAUCUGAGACUGGAAACACUUUUGUCUCUGGGGGGUGUGAUAAGAAAGCCAACGUGUGGGACAUGCGCUCUGGACAGAACAUUCAGGCUUUUGAGAGACAUGAGUCUGACGUCAACUGUGUAAAGUACCACCCCAGUGGAGAUGCAUUUGCUUCUGCUUCUGAUGAUGCCACAUGCCGUUUCUAUGAUCUGCGAGCCGACCGUGAGAUAGCGGUCUACCAAAAGGACAGCAUUAUAUUUGGUGCUUCAUCUGUGGACUUCUCUUUGAGUGGUCGUCUGCUUUUCGCUGGUUAUAAUGACUACACCAUUAAUAUGUGGGAUGUUCUGAAAGGAACACGUGUUUCCGUCCUGUUCGGCCAUGAGAACCGUAUUAGCAAAGUGAGAGUGUCACCUGAUGGCACAGCACUCUGCUCAGCGUCCUGGGACAACACCUUACGAAUUUGGGCCUAGUGUUUACAUCACAGUUGCGAUCCAGCAAACACGGCACCAGCAUUAUGUGACUGCCAAGACUGCAAGUCCCUGCCUGCAGUCAACACUGCUGUACGAGUGUGUUCAUACAAACCUCAGUGUGACAAACAUGAAGAAGCAUAAACACUUAAAAUGUUUCCUCUUAAUGAGAAUAUAUCAUUGUAUCAUAACUGUAGGGUGGCUAUUCGUUUUGACAGACAGUUGACAAGUUUGGAUUCCUUAUCUUUGUUAUUGUUAGCUUGAUGAAGGAUUGUUUAAUUAUGUAACUGUUAUUGCUAAUAUAGUGUAACAUAUAGUGAGUGUAAAGAGCCAAAAUGACUUGUAGAAAUCAGCAGCGUGUGUCUGCUCUGCCAUGUAGACCUGCAGACAAUAUUAGUAUUUGUCUUGUAAAUUAUGUACAUCGUUUCACAGUCCAGAAUCACACUGUGGAUGUACACGCUGCUGGUGGUGUCUGCCAUAGAUUAUCCAAAGGAAGUGUAUCUAGUAUGUCAUCAUACUUAGGUACAUCUCUUGUGAGAAGAAUAAAGAUUUUAAGUAUU